AUGAACAUGGAGCCAUCUCUGUUUGUGUUUGCAGUGCAUGUCAAAGCAGGGACCUGUGAAGUGAUCGCUGCCCACCGUUGCUGCAACAAGAACAAGAUUGAGGAGAGAUCCCAGACGGUCAAAUGUUCCUGCUUCCCCGGACAGGUUGCCGGGACAACAAGAGCGGCUCCAUCUUGUGUGGACGCAUCCAUAGUUGCCCAGAAGUGGUGGUGCCAGAUGCAUCCAUGUAUGGAUGGGGAGGAGUGUAAAGUGUUGCCUGACCUGAAAGGCUGGAGCUGCAGUACAGGAAACAAAGUAAAGACGACAAAGGUGGGUGCAUAA